AUGGCUGGACGAGGGGCACCGCGUUCGAGAACAGGGUGUUCCACUUGCCGAACCCGGAAAGUCAAAUGCGACGAAGAACGUCCUUCAUGCCGACGAUGUCGGAGUGCCCAGCUGGGCUGCGAAUGGCUCCAGGCAGCCAGACGACGGUGUGUCAAGCGCAUCCGUGCAGACAAGUCGCCGACUCGCAGGUCACCGCAGUACCAGAUACUUCUCCCGCGAGACGUGUUCGUCCCUGCCGAUGGGGCUUGUCAGCUCCGCAACUCCCUCCACCUAUCCCUGGCUGACCGCGAGUAUCUCGUGUACUUCCCCAAUACCUCACUCGUCACCUUGAUCGGCAAGCCCUGGAAGUGGGGCACUCUGCGUUAUCUCUACGGCCGGGUAGCGUCCGAAUCCUCCAUUGUUAUGCGGCUGAUCCUUGCUAUAUCAGCAAGUGAAGUCGAAGGCCGGAGAGACUUGGAUCCGGAGAACUUCAAGUUCACAGCUCCGUGCCGAAGGGGGACCGGUUUGGCCCACUAUAGUGCCGCCCUCCUAGAGUUUCGGAAUGAGCUGGCGCACUUUGCGCGGGGCCCUCCGUCUCAGAGCAGGAUGGACGGCGUCAUUGCUGCCUUUGUCUUGAUGGUCGUGUACGAGGGCCACUUCGGUAGCGGGUGGUCUGCGAUGCGCUCUCACAUAUCUGGCGCCUACGCGUUUCUCAAGGCCCGCGGGGUCCUCCCGAGCAAGAAUUCAAAGGUAGACACAGAGUUAUCUGUGCUGAGCAAGUGGCUUCUUAUGUCCCUCAUGUAUAUGGACCUCAGUCACUCUUGGGGAGACGUCUCUGAAGACGAUUCAUGGAAUUGCAUUGCAGCGGAUGAUGAGUUUUGUAAUGUUGUCGACACUGCAUUCCUCGACAGUCGGGCCGUACACUCAGCCAUCUUUGCUGAGGAAUACCCAAUCGAGGCGCUUGCCGAUGAUCUAGCCGUCUCUCAGCCUUUGGAUUUUGCUCAUGAGUGUGCGAAGCUAAAAAGAAACCUUGUCUCAUACGUCAGAGAUGUAAACCUUGGCAGAGAAUCCCAGACCGCACCCGAGAGUCUGUUCCGAAGUCUCGAACGGAUAGGUAAACGGUUCCAAAACUUCAUCAUUCUGGCACAGAAGCCCUAUCACACGAUCACCACGCGUGAAGCGGAGAACAUGUACUACGCCGUCGCCGACUAUCACGCAUUGGAAGUUCUCUACCAUCAUCAUAUAUGUGUGACAGCGAGCAACGGCUCGCCUGCUUGCCAUCGAAAUGCCCUCGCAGCCGGAAUGGGUAUUGUCAGGAAGAUCAUGGCAAUGAAACCCCGGGCCAUGCUGAGGGUUCUGUGGUGUCUCCCAGUGUUUGCAAGAUUCUUAAAGGACCCCGAAGAUCGCAGGUGGAUGCAUGAUACCACAGAGUACCUUCGUCGAGAUGCAGGCAUGUCUGGGACAAUCGGCGAUAAGCUCAAGGUCAUCUGGGCUUGUGGGAGCACAUAG